CAUGCCGGGGAUGGACACAUAGGAUAACAUGCCGGGGAUGGACACACAUGGGAUAACAUGCCGGGGAUGGACACAUAGGAUAACAUGCCGGGGAUGGACACAUAGGAGAACAUGCCGGGGAUGGACACAUAGGAUAACAUGCCGGGGAUGGACACAUGGGAUAACAUGCCGGGGAUGGACACAUGGGAUAACAUGCCGGGGAUGGACACAUGGGAUAACAUGCCGGGGAUGGACACAUAGGAUAACAUGCCGGGGAUGGACACAUAGGAUAACAUGCCGGGGAUGGACACAUAGGAUAACA